AUGAGUCACUCUAGGUCCCGCUUGUCUUAUUUGAAAUCCAUUCUAAAACUCCCAAACAACCACGCGGCGGAAACUACUGCCAUAAGAUCGACAAUUACGGUGGUUCCUUCAGCUUACCUUAUGGAGAUUUACGUUGGCACACCACCUGUCAAGCAGAUGAUGGAAUUGGAUACCGGCUCUGACCUGUCAUGGACUCAAUGCCACCCAUGUGUGAAUUGUUUCGAGCAAAAUCAACCCAUAUUUAAUUCCGAUCAGUCAUCGUCGUAUCAAGUAUUGAGAUCAUGUUAUUCAAGUGAUUGUUUGAAAUUAAGACGCCAUAUUGAUUGUACUCGAUCCAAUGAAAAAUGUAAAUAUCGUAUAUCUUAUGGUAACGGUCUUAGAAGCAAAGGGGAACUAGCCAAGGAAACUUAUACAGUUGGCGGCACUUCCAUCGAAAACAUACUUCACGGGUGCGGGCAUGAAAACAUAAGGGUAUUUGAUAAGCAGAGCAGCGGUGUGAUUGGGCUUGGAGAUUCGCCUCUCUCAUUCUUUGGUCAGAUUCGAAAUUCCAUUGGUGGAAUGUUUUCAUAUUGUCUAGUACCUGAGUUUGGUUCAAACCCAAAUGCAAGGAGCAUGAUUAGCUUCGGAAAUAAUGAGAUCGUGUAUGGUCGUGGAAUGAUGUCCACCACGUUGUUUAGGAGGCUCUACAAUGCAUACUAUUUUCUCAAAUUGGAAUCAAUCAGCGUAGGUCGAUAUAGAACAAUUCAAAUGAUAACACAAUCGAUAACACAGCCUGGUAACAUCUUAAUUGACACAAGCGCUCUUCUAAGCUAUUUGCCCUCGGUCGUGCUAGAAAAUUUGAAAGAAGCACUAAUACAAGAGAUCGGUAAAAGACCAUUAAAUGUUUCGGAUGGUUUUUGCUAUGAAAGUAACACUUAUAUUCCUACUAUCACCUUCCAUUUUGCUGAUGGCGCUGACUUAGCUUUGUCGAAGAUGAACAUUUUUAUUUCAAACAGAAAUAUGUUGUGUCUAGCAAUAGAAGAAGACGAUGAUGAUCAUUAUCUACCCAUAUUUGGAAACCUGCCACAAAUGAACUUCUUGAUUAUAUACAAUAUUCCUGGGAGAAAGGUCUAUUUCAAACCAACUGAUUGUUCAAGGCAUAUUAUAACAACUUAG